GAUAUAAGUGUGUAUGUAAUAGACUUGCGUGCGCCAUGUGUAUAUGUGUACAUGUGUAUAUGUGAAGAGGAAGGCAAGGAAGGAAAAGAGAAGUUCAAGUGGCUGAGGUGGAAGUCUAUGAAAUAGCGGUGCGUUAGGUAGCUCGGGACGGGUGGGAAAUUGAUCCGCGCAUGGCCACUAGAGGAGGCUGGCUGGCCUGCGCAUCACCUCAGUUGUGGAGCAGCUGGCGCGGGAAACACCCUCCUCUGCCCAGCUUGCAAUUCAUCCGCGGUGUUAUGCCGAGUGUUCGGAGGCGGGAGUGACCUGGAGUGAGCAGUGGCACUGGCAGUGAUUGCGGUGCUGAGUAAACAUGUACAAAUAGGUGGGUACGGCAGGGCGGCAUCCCCAGCGGCCGAGUGCGUGCGUGCUGUUAGUGACUGUCGUGGCUCGCACAGGCGCUUGCCCCCACCACCAACAUUCCCCCACACAGCAUGGCCUCGGUGGCCGCUUGGUUGCCCUUCGCUCGAGCAGCUGCCAUCGGAUGGGUUCCCAUCGCCAACAACCCCCUGCCGGCGCCGCCCAUCGCCAAGGAUAAGCGGCGACCGGAUGAUGAGAAGCUGCUAAUCAAUGUGUCGGGCCGGCGGUUUGAAACCUGGCGCAACACUCUCGAGAAAUACCCUGACACACUCCUCGGCUCCAAUGAAAGGGAGUUUUUCUAUGACGAGGAAACCAAAGAAUACUUCUUCGACCGAGACCCAGACAUAUUCCGUCACAUCCUAAAUUACUACCGCACGGGGAAGCUCCACUACCCCAAGCACGAGUGUCUCACCAGCUAUGACGAGGAGCUGGCAUUCUUCGGAAUCAUCCCUGACGUGAUCGGUGACUGUUGUUACGAGGAUUAUCGUGACCGCAAACGUGAAAAUGCCGAGCGUCUCUUGGACGACAAGCUCUCCGAAAGUGGAGAGCAAGACAAAUAUGUUUAUCGUACAAUACGUGAACGUAUGUGGCGAGCCUUUGAAAACCCACACACGUCGACGGCGGCAUUAGUGUUUUACUACGUGACUGGGUUCUUCAUCGCCGUGUCGGUGAUGGCCAACGUGGUAGAGACGGUGCCGUGCGGUCGCCUACCGGGCAAGAAGGAAUCGCAGCCCUGCGGAGAGCGCUAUAAAAUUAUCUUCUUCUGUGGUGACACGGCGUGCGUCAUGAUCUUCACAGCUGAGUACCUUUUGCGUAUGUUCGCGGCACCCGACCGCUGUAAGUUUGUACGCUCUGUCAUGUCCAUUAUCGACGUGGUGGCCAUCCUGCCCUACUACAUCGGUCUUGGCAUCACCGACAACGACGACGUGUCUGGAGCCUUCGUCACCCUCCGAGUGUUUCGCGUGUUCAGGAUCUUUAAGUUCUCGCGCCACUCCCAGGGGCUGCGCAUCCUGGGCUACACGCUCAAGUCCUGCGCUUCUGAGCUGGGUUUCCUCGUGUUCUCCCUCGCCAUGGCCAUCAUCAUCUUCGCCACCGUUAUGUUCUACGCAGAGAAGAACGUAGAGGAGACCACCUUCACGUCCAUUCCCUCGGCGUUCUGGUACACCAUUGUCACCAUGACGACACUAGGGUGAGUGUUGCACGCCUCCCUCCCACUCUCUUCCUCUCCUCCACCCUUUCUCUCACCUCUACUCGUCGCAGUAUUACUCUGUACUUCAUUGUGGUUCCAUUUCCAUUUCCUUUACA